GCCGAGGGGCUCCCUGCAGCUGGAGGGACGGGCUGGCGGGAGGGACUAUGGCCCAGGGCACGGUGAUCCAUGUGGCCCCGGAGGAGCCCACCUAUGCCGUGUGUGUCCUGGGCACCGAAAGUCAGCUGGAUGUCUACAGCUCUGCCCCCACGGGCUGCACAUCCUUCAGCAUCAAUGCCUCCCCAGGAGUGAUCGUGGACGUUGCCCACGGCCCUCCAGCCAAGAAGAAACCCAAGGGCUCCUCCAAGUGGUCCCUGGACCCGAGGCUGGAGGUGAGCCUGAGGGUGAGAGAUGCCAGCAGCAGCACAGGUGACCAAAAGGUCCAGAUUUCAUACUACGGAUCGAAGACCAGCCCGAUCCAAGCCCUGCUCUAUGUCACUGGUGUCGAAAUCUCCUUGAGCGCGGACAUCACCCGCACUGGCAAAGUGAAGCCUGCCGGAGCCCAGAAAGGCCAGAGGGCCUGGACCUGGGGCCCCCGCGGGCAAGGCGCCAUCCUGCUGGUGAACUGCGACAAGGACAACCCCAAAUCUUCCACCAUAUACUGCAAGGAUGAUAGGGUACUUGACAGCCAAGACCUACAGGACAUGUCCCUGGUGACCCUGAACACGAACACCCCCAGGGACUUCUUCGCCAGGCACCAGCUGCUGCUCCAUGUGGCCAAGUCGGAGAUGGACAAAGUCAGGGUGUUCCAAGCCAGCCGAGGCAAUCAGAUCUCCAGGUACAGGGAGGUCCUGGGGCCAAAGCAGCCCUGUCACCCCCUGGAAAUCCCGGGGGGGCAGCACAGCACAGACUUCUAUGUGGAGGGCCUCGCUUUCCCAGACGCCAACUUCCCGGGGCUCAUUUCCCUCACCGUCUCCCUACUGGACACAUCCAACCCGGAGCUCCCCAAGACCCUGAUUUUCCAAGACAGUGUGGUCUUCCGUGUGGCCCCCUGGAUCAUGACCCCCAACACUCAGCCCCCUGAGGAGGUGUACGUGUGCAGGAUGCCUGAAAAUGAGGACUUCCUUAAGUCCGUGACGGCGCUGACCCAGGAAGCCAAGUGCCAGCUGACCGUGUGCACCAGGGAGCAGAGUGCGGGGGACCGGUGGAUACAGGACGAGAUAGAGGUCGGCUACAUCCAAGCCCCGCACAAGACACUGCCCGUGGUCUUUGACUCUCCAAGGAACAGAGGCUUGAAGGAGUUCCCCAUCAAGUGCAUGCUGGGUCCGGAUUUUGGCUACGUGACUCGAGGGCCCCAAACAGGAGAGGUUUCUGACCUCGACUCCUUUGGAAAUCUGGAAGUGAGCCCCCCGGUCAAGGUUGGGAGGAAGAAAUACCCUCUGGGCAGGAUCCUCAUUGGGAGCAGCUGCUACCCCAGCAACGAGAGCCAGGAGAUGCACCAGGCCUUGCAAGACUUCCUCAGCGCCCAGCAGGUGCAGGCGCCCGUGAAGCUCUACUCCGACUGGCUCUUUGUGGGCCACGUGGACGAGUUCCUGAGCUUCGUCCCGGUGCACAAGGGCUUCCGGCUGCUCCUCGCCAGCCCCAGAUCCUGCUACUGGCUGUUCCAGGAGCAGCUGAAGGAGGGCCACGGCGAGGUUCUGCUAUUUGAAGGGGUCAAGAAAAAAAAACAGAAAAUAAAGGACGUUCUGUCCAAUGAGAAAUUGAGAGAAGAUAAUUCGUACGUGCAGAAAUGCAUUGACUGGAACCGGGAGGUGUUAAAGCGGGAGCUGGGCCUGACCGAGCGGGACAUUGUGGACAUCCCCCAGCUCUUCAAGCUCCAGGAUGACCUCCAAGGGAGACUCAAGGCCGAAGCCUAUUUCCCAAACAUGGUGAACAUGCUGGUGCUGGGGAAGCACCUGGGCAUCCCCAAGCCCUUCGGGCCCAUCAUCGACGGCCGCUGCUGCCUGGAGGAGAAGGUGCGGUCCCUGCUGGAGCCGCUGGGCCUCCGCUGCACCUUCAUCGACGACUUCUACGCGUACCACCUGCGGCACGGGGAGGUGCACUGCGGCACCAACGUGCGCCGGCGGCCCUUCUCCUUCAAGUGGUGGAACAUGGUGCCCUGAGCCCAUCCCCCCCAUCCUGUGCCCUGAGCCCAUCCCCCCCACCCCAUCCUGUGCCCUGAGCCCAU